AAAAAAUUGCGGGAAACCAAGAAACUACCUGGAGAAACGUGUAGGGAAUAACUUUAUAAAAUGCUUGAUAUAGCCAGUCAAGCAAACAUAGAUAAUUUAU